AAGGAAGAGGAGGAGGGGAAUCUGUCCUUAGAGAGUAGCACCACGCGGAUCGACACGUUACAGCCCCCACAAUGCAACAGUAGAGAGCCAAGUCGUGAUCCAGUUGCAGAGAGGUUUGUUCAGCUGGGUUGUCUGGGAGGCGGAGGCUACGGGAUCGUCUACGCUGGGUACCGCAGAGAAGACAACCUACCUGUGGCUAUAAAACGUGUCCCCUUGGCCAAAGUGUUACGCAUACCGGUGACUCAGGAUGGACAGCAGGUGGAGUUUCCCUUGGAGGUGGUGUUACUGCGGAUCGUGGGAGGUAGGGGUGAGGCUACGGGGGAGGGGAUGGGUGAGGUGGUCCCUCCUCCCCGUGCUGCGGUGGCCUUGCUGGACUGGUUUGAGCUGGAUCGGGAGUUGGUGCUGGUUCUGGAGAGACCAGUUCCCUGUAUGGACCUCUAUGACUACAUUCAGAUGAGAGGAGGAACUCUGCAGGAGGAACACGCCAAGGUCAUUCUGAGGCAGCUAGUUGAAGCGAUGAGAGAGGUCCAUUCCAGAGGUGUUCUCCAUCGUGACCUCAAACCGGAGAACGUUCUAGUAGAAACCGGUUCCACCUCGCCUCGGAUCAGGGUCCUGGACUUCGGCUGCGGCUGCAUUCUCAGAGAUGGGCUUUACACAGAGUGUUACGGUACGUCCCAGUACACCCCUCCAGAGUGGUUUCUGAGCGAGUCGUACCGGGCCGGUCCCUCCACAGUGUGGCAGCUGGGGGUUGUGCUGUACGACAUGUUGUGUGGUGACCAGCCCUUCAACACACGACGAGAGAUCAUCUAUGAAGAGCCUUACAUCAAGGACCAACUGUCCAGACACUGUGUGGAUCUGUUGAGGAGGUGUCUGGCGAAGCGACCCCGAGGACGGCCCACUCUGGACGAGAUGUUACUCCACCCCUGGCUCCAGCCGGACACACCCCCCGGCUCCAUCCGGACACGCCCCCUGGCUCCAUCCGGACACGCCCCCUGGCUCCAUCCGGACACGCCCCCUGGCUCCAUCCGGACACUCCUCCUGGACAGACCUGCAGCUUGUUACCUAAACCCGACAUAA